CAGAAAAGGUUUAGAAUCAAUGAUCAAAAUGUCUCCUACUAGAUUACUUCUGUUUGGAUUAAUGGCAAUAGUGUUGUACUCAAGUGUGUCGCUGGCACAGGAUAACUCACAGCUGAGCUUGGAUUACUACAAGAAAUCUUGCCCGGAUGCAGAGAAGAUUGUGAGAGAGGAGAUGGAGUGUGCAGUUCAUGAGGAUCCUCGCAAUGCGGCUGGCAUUCUUCGGCUUCAUUUUCAUGAUUGUUUUGUCCAGGGAUGUGAUGGCUCAGUGUUACUUGAUGACACCGUAACGCUGAAAGGCGAAAAAAAAGCAUCAGAGAGCUUGAACUCUUUGAUCGGGUUCGAGCUUGUGGACCGCAUAAAGAACCAACUCGAGUCUCGGUGCCCUGGAACCGUGUCUUGUGCUGAUCUCCUCGCUAUAGCAGCUAGAGACGCAGUUGUCCUGGUUGGAGGACCCUAUUGGGAUGUUCCAGUUGGAAGAAAAGACUCAAAAAAGGCAAGCUUGGAAUUAGCAAAUGCAGAUAUACCAACUUCUGAUGAAGGCCUCGUUGCUCUCAUCACCAAGUUUUCCGAGAAAGGCCUCUCAGUCACAGAUAUGGUGGCCCUCGCUGGUGCACACACCAUUGGCAUGGCUCGGUGCACGAAUUUCAAAGCAAGAAUUUACAGUGGUGAUUUCCAGCAAACAUCACAUUACAAUCCAGCGUCAGCAUUAUACCUGACUAAGUUGGUAUCAACCUGUCCUCUCUCCGGAGGCGACGAUAACAUAACUCCAAUGGACUAUAUUACGCCUACUCUCUUCGAUAAUGCGUUCUAUGAGUCACUAAUUAGAGGAGAUGGCCUUUUGAACUCAGACCAAGAGAUGUACUCGACUUUCAUAGGGUUCGAGUCGACUGAUCUUGUGAAAAAAUACGCAAUUGAUCCUAUUGCUUUCUUUAAGCAGUUCUCGGAUUCAAUGGUGAAGUUGGGGAAUAUCACAAACCCUGAGGGAGGGGAAGUGAGGACUAGCUGCAGAUUUGUGAAUGCGUGAGAGUACUUUUUUUUUUUGGUUGUGGUAAGAGAUGUUUAAGUAAAGGGUUUGUUGGUUACCGUUGUUGUUAUAUCUUGGGAGAGAAGUUGUUGUUUUGUUUACAUGCAUACAAUGAAAUGAAUUAUAUAUAUUAUCCA